AUGAUCGUCGAAAGUAAACCAAAUAAUUCAUCAAAAGAAAAGAACGAAGAAAAUGAUAUUAUAAAUAAAUGUGAUGAUUCCACUAAAAUAAAUGAAAAAGAAAAUAUUUCUGCUGUUGAAAAAGUGGGUACUAAUGAAUCUGGACAUAUGAGUAAUGACAAUAUAAAUAAAAAUCAAGAGAAAAACAAAAAAAAAAAAAAAAAAAAAAAUACACAUAAAAAGGUAAAUAUAAAUAAUACACAUAUAAAUAUACAUACAACUAAUGAUAAAAAUAACGGACAGGAUAUGAACAAACCAGAGGUCAUCGAGAGGGACAAUAUUAUUAAUAUAAAAAAUGAUACAAACAAUAUUUUGGACUCCAGCUAUAAUGAAGAAGGAAAUGAGAACAACAUGAACGACAUAAAUAAUAAUAAUAAUAAUAAUAUUAAUUAUAAUAAUAUUAAUAAUAGUUGUAGUAAUAAUUAUGGGUUAAAAAAAAAAAUUACCCUGCUUAAAAGAAAUGAUAUUAAAGAUGAAGGGUAUAACAACGAAAAUAUAACCACUCUGAAUAAUAAAAAUAAUUUAAAGAAUAACAACAAUUAUAAUAAUAAUAGAAAUAACAAUAAUAAUAAUAAUAAAAAUAACAUUAAUAAUAAUAACUACAACAGUAAUAAUAAUAAUAAUAAUUGCAGCUCUGAAAAAACACUAGAACAAAGAGAAAAGGAAUACAACAAAAUUAGGGCCAGGAUCUUUUCCAAUUUUAAUAAAAAACAAAAAAAUGUUCAGAAAACAGAACAAAAUAAUUUAAAUCAUACAUAUUUAAAUAAUAAUAUUAUUAAUAAUAUAAACCAUGGAGAUAACCAAUAUGCAUAUAUCAAUAACUUUUAUCAUAUAUAUCAUAGUAAUUCAUAUAAUCAUAUUUAUAGACAAAAUAAUAUUCCUAUAUGUAAUAUAAAUAACCACGCACCUAAUCUUGAAAAGUUAAAUAACCCAUAUUAUUAUCAUGAUAAUCAUAUAGCUUAUACAAAUUAUAUAUACUCUACACAAAAUAAAAUGAACAAUAUGAAGACCAAACAGAUUGGUCAUUAUGGUAUAAAUAAUGAAGAUAACAAUAAUAAUAAUAAUAUUCAUAAUAAUAAUAUUCAUAAUAAUAAUAUUAAUAAUAAUAAUAAUAAUAAUGUUCCUUUAUGUAUUCCACAACUUGACAAUUAUAAUAAAACAAAAAAUAAUUUUAACAAAUGCACAAAUAAUUUUAACAACGCAAAAAACCAUAUCAUACAUAACAUAAAUAAUACAAAUAAAAAUAUAGAACAUAUGAAUAAUCAUUCAAUAUAUAAUUUUGUUUAUCCAGAAAAUAAAAAUAUUUAUGAUACAAACGGUAAUCUUAUUAAUAACAAUAUAUCUUAUACACAAUUAAAAAUGAACAACAAUAUAAAUUUUAAUAUACACAUGGAAUCACCAAUAAAUCAACAACAUAAUAAUUCUUUUAAAAUAAAUAAUGAUACAAAUUUUUUUAAUGAACCUACAAAUAAAAUGAAACAAAAAAAUAAAGAAAAAAAAAAUAUACAUUUUAAUAAUAAUAAUAAUAAUAAUAAUAACAACAACAACAACAACAACAACAACAACAACAAAUGUUUAUAUAAAGAUAUUAAUCAAAAUGAUCAUAAUAAUUCUAUUAUGAAUACCAACCAAAAUUUUGAUCAUAUCAAUAACGUCAAAAAUACAGAACAAAAUUCACAAAAAAAACACAAUAAAAUGUCUCAAGUUUCGAAACAAUCAAACAAUAAAAAUAAUAAAAAUAAUAGCCACUUAAAAAAACAAAUUAAUAUAAACACAAAUAAUAAUAUGGAUAAUAAAAAUAAUUCACAUCUAUCAAAAAAUGUUAUUGUUGAUGAUAAUAAAUUAAAGUCAGCUCAUGGAGAUAAUUCAAAUGAAAUAGUUACAAAGGGAAAAAAAAAGAAAAACACCAAUAAAAAAAAAAAAAUAAAUAAUAUCAGUAGUAUGAAUAAUAUCAAUAAUAUCAAUAGUAUGAUUAAUUUGAAUAAUAUGAAUAAUUCAAUAUAUUUUCCAAAUGUAAAUAUUCAGAAGGAUGAUUCAAAUAUAGCACUUUUAUACAAUAACAAGCAAAAUAUGGAUUUCAGUAAUUAUCAACUUAAUCAUAUAAAUAACAAUAUGAUACAAAAUAACAUAAUGACAAAUAAUGUUAUGUUAAACAAUAAUUUGCCAACAUCUAAUUUUAAUUAUAAUUUAAUUAACUAUUCAUAUGAACCCUUUUAUGAAGAAAACAUAAUGAACGACUUAGAUUAUUGUAGAGAUAUUUCUCUAUAUGAAAAAAGAUAUGACAGAGGUGAUCAUUUACAACAAAAUCAUAAGCGUUAUGAUAUUGACUUUCCCUCGUUAUAA